ACCCAAACCAACAAAGACAACUACUAAUAUUAAUUAAUUAAUUAAUUCAACCCAAUGUAAAUGUCACGUGCACAUAGCCGCGCGAGCUAAAAAGACACCUAGGCAAGAUUAUCCGGGACUCUCAUAUUCUUAUAUUAUGAAGUGGGACGACGCUGUAUACUUAGCUCUACUCCUCUCGUCCGUAUUACUAGGUCAUGCAGUCAAACGUCUCAACCGUCCGCAGCACCGUCUCCUCUUCACAGGGUUGGCAGGAUUUUGCAUGGCGCUUUACAUUUGUGGCACACAAAUAUGGCACUCGCUGUUUGUCUCCACGUCCGUUUUCCUCAUCAUCAAAUUCAUGAGCAGAAAGAUAUGUCACAUUGUUGGGUUCUGGUUUGCAUUCGGGUAUCUGUUGUUCUUUCGUUCGUCGGCGUUCUUUGGUGUGGAGUAUCCAUUGCCGUACACAAAUGCGAUUCAAUUGCUGCUGACAUUGAAGGUUGUCUCAGUCGCGUUCGACGCCCACGAUGCUGACGUUGCAGCGAAGAGCAAGUCAGACAAAGAAAACGCCAACUGGACAUACAGUCCGCUCGGUCCCAAUCAUCCACUCGACGACCCAACAACAUUCACCGUUUCCCUCACCGAAUACUAUUGCUACAUCUACUGCUUCAUUGGCCUCUUCACCGGACCAUUCGUCCAACUGAAAUUGUAUCGCCACAUGAUCCACAGAUCCGACACCAACAACAUCCGUACCGUCGUCCCAGCUCUUCGUCGUCUCUCUCCACUCCCCGUUUUUGGCCUCAUAUUUCUCAUCGUCGGAAACGCAUUUCCAGACAGUCAAAUGAUAACGGAGGAGUUUCUCGAACUCGGCGGCAUGUGGGGGUUCACAUAUCGAUACCUCUAUCUCAUCCCCGUUUUUCUCUGUUUUCGUCUGCGUUUCUAUAUCGGAUGGCUCAUUGCCGAAUCGUCGUGCAUCACAGCAGCUCUCGGUGCUUAUCCAUUCGACGCCAAGUGUCUCCCCGGUCGCGGUCCGACCGUCCCGAUUUGUAAUUCCAACCACGUCGCCAGCAAUGGAGACACACACUCAUUCGAAUCCGUUCGGAAUCUCGACAUCUACGAGAUAGAGAGUUGUGUGACGAUGGGCCACUCGAUCAAGCACUGGAACAUGACCGUACAGACGUGGCUCGUGUAUAAUGUCUAUAAGCGGUUUCCGAUCAAAAGCUUGCGAUACGCUUGCGUCUUCUUAGUCAGCUCGUUCUGGCAUGGCAUAUACCCAGGAUACUAUCUCUGCCUGCUGUCGACGACCAUCUAUGGUGCAAUGGAAUCGAGGCUUGCGAUCCUUUGUAAGCCACUGUGGGAGAAAGCCAACCGAUUCACGUACGCUCUGUUGUACAUCAUCGGGCAGAUGUAUAGAAUGCAUUCGUUUGAGUAUGUCGCCGUUGGAUUUAUUCUACUUGAAGUGAGUCCCACGCUUGCUGUGUGGAGAGCUGACUAUUUCUAUUAUCAUAUAUUUGGUGUUGUUAUGCUUGUCAUCAUGUUGCUUGUGCCGAGUAAGAGGCGAUCGGUAGAGAAGCAGUCAGGAGGUGGAACGAGGCGGGAAAAGGCGGAUUGAUUUUAAGUGUUUGGAAUUUGAAUGUCCAGGAUGAUGUCAUUAAUAACAAUGCUACUGUUUGGUCGGAUACUGAUUUACUGUAAUUUUAUGAUUACAGCUAACUCUACAGACGAUUUAUUCUCAGGGUCAUGAGGGCCUUGAUUUAUUUUUAAGCUAUUAAAAUCAAUAAUUAAUAUCUGUAGAAUAAGUUUUUUUAAAAUACGACCAGACCAGUCUAUUUCUUGAUGCUCGGAUUCACUGAUCCAUUUUCUAGCUUGAGCAUAAUAAAAAUAAAAUUAAUGCUCGCAUGUGUAAUGAUAUGC